UUGCAUUAUGAACCAUCAAGAAGGAUUUCAGCAAAGAAAGCCAUGGAACAUCCUUAUUUUGACGAUUUAGACAACCUUAUUUUGACGAUUUAGACAAAUCGUAUCUUUAAACAGCAAUCCGGCUGGGUUGUUUUAUGAUUGUAGUGAGCAAGUUAUCUUGACUUUAGGAUAACAGAGUUUAAGAACCCUCAUUGCUUUGACAUUUGUUUUGAAGGAUGAUUUGGUGAAGCUUUUCUUGGCUGCUACUCCCUCUUCAUCUUCUGCAUCAUCAUAGUCUCUGGUCACCAAUGGCUUCUUCCCCAUGCAAUCGAAUCUCUUCUUCAUGCCACUGAAGAUCAGAGAUGGAGAAGAUGGAAUGCUCCUAAAUCCCCUUGCACUUUCUAACCUGGCAGCAUCCACGCUUUUUCUGGGCUGCAGUCUUUAUGGAGCAGGAUUCCGGGAGGGAGUGUACUUAGCUUUCACCACCAUAGCUGUUUCUUCAUUCUUCCUGUUUUUCUUCCUUUUCUUCAUUUGCAUUGCUUUUUUCUUUCUCUUUGUUUUAGACUACCUGAUUCUUUCACAGCUCAUAUGCAUCAUCCGACUCUGGAGGGUAAUUAAGAUCGAGCUUUUCGACAUCAGUUGUUCCAUCUGUGCUUUCCAACAGCAUAUGAAGCCAUUUUUCAACAUUUCCUUUCCCACGUUGCUUUCUUCUGCUCUCUUCAUCCUCUAUUUCCGGUUCAUGAAACAAUUCCUUUCCCAAGUUGCUUUCAACAUUUCCUCCUCUCUCGUGUUUGUAUAUCAGCAGCGCAAUGCCAUCGUCGUUCUCCAUUGUACAGUAGCAGUGCAAAAUCUUUAAAAUGGCUGAAACAAGCACUCAAGGGAGUGGAAGAAACUCAGGGACCCCUGGUCUUCAUCUGAGGCAAAGAUUCUGUCCUCCAUGUCUAUCUUUGGUAAAAGUGGUAAGCUGCUUAUUUAGUUUCCAGCUACAAAAGGGAUGUAUGUGUGCAUCAAUAGUGCUCUUGUAAGCUCAAUGUUAUGCGGUUGCAGGGCCACAAGCACCAAAGGUGUUUAAUUGUGUAAGUGUUUGUUUGCUGCAUUAGAUACUUAUAUAUGCUGGAAUAGGGCAAUCAACAACUCGUGCUCGUCCAACUCAAGUUUAGAAAGCGAUGGCUCCUCUUUAGCCGACAUCAAUUUGAAGAGUUAUAACUUCUCAAACCUCAAUUGGAUGUGAUUCAGAUUAUAGUUAUAAUGAAGAUCUUAUGGAUUUGGUUUUGAAACUGAUGAAGGACUUCAAAUAUGUAAAGAGCACUCAGUCUAAAUUGAAAUAAGUGAAUGCUCGACUCUUGGCUGAACGCGAAUCCUUUAAGAGCAUAAAAAAAAUUCUGAAAUGAGAAGCAAAUUAUCUUUCUUAAA